UGGGUAUAUGUCCUCUUUCAGCCUUCCUCUUCGAAGGUAAAGGUUACUCAAGAUGACUCGUUACGCUUCUGAUCCUGAGAAUCCAACCAAGUCUUGUAAAGCACGGGGUUCUAACCUCCGUGUGCACUUCAAGAACACACACGAGACGGCUGUGGCCAUCAAGGGCAUGCACAUACGUAAGGCAAACAGAUAUCUCAAAGAUGUUAUUGCUAAAAAGCAGAUCAUUCCCUUCCGAAGAUUCAAUGGUGGCGUGGGACGUAAAGCUCAGGCCAAGAACUUGAAGUCUCCAGGAUCCCAGGGCCGGUGGCCAAAGAAGAGUGCAGAGAUCCUGCUUCAGCUCCUCAAAAAUGCUGAGAGCAAUGCUGAGUUUAAAGGACUGGAUGUAGACUCGUUGGUGGUUGAGCACAUACAAGUCAAUGCUGCUCCCAAGAUGAGGAGGAGAACCUACAGAGCCCAUGGACGUAUCAAUCCCUACAUGAGCUCCCCAUGCCACAUAGAGAUGAUCCUUGCUGAACGUGAGCAAGUUGUUCCUCGUGGUGAGGAUGAGGUAGAGGUAAAGAAGGUAUCCAAGAAGAAGAUGGCGCGAGAAAAGAUGAAAUCCAGGGAGUAAAGCCCUAUUUUGAGAGCUGUAAAAUAAAAUUUCAAUUCGGAAAACGUG